ACUACAAAGACUAGAUUCAUUUCUAUCCUUACCCUGCACGACAAAAAGUCUCAACCUUAUUGUUCUAAUCCCUUCUCUAUAAACAAACUACAUGUAAGUGAUGAAAUCCAAGCAUUGCUUUUAAACCUCCACACCCACAACUACAUCCUUAGCAAAGAUUGCAACUUUUUCCAAAACCCGUCGCACUUUCUCUCAUUUUUUCUCAGCAAAUUUAGCGACUUUAUCAUCAUUAAGAACAGUUGCAAGGAGUUUUAACAUGGUGGCAAACCGUAGUAUGAGAGACAAAGACUCCAAUCCUAAUGUCCAUGAGAGCCUUUCAAGAAGCUUUGUAUCAGUGGAGGAGCCAAAGCCAGAGACAAGGGCAGGGCCUGGCUUGAUUUCUUGUACUACUUUUAAUAUUCUGGCUCCAAUCUACAAACGACUCGACCAACAGAAUCAAUUGCUUCGUGAGAGUCAAUUCAGCUCAUUCUGGGUGACUAGGAAUCAGAAGAUUUUGGAUUGGUUACUGUAUGAAUCGUCUACUAUUAUAUGUCUCCAGGAGUUCUGGGUUGGAAAUGAAGAAUUUGUGAAUAUGUACCUGAAGAGGCUUGGUGAUGCUGGCUAUAGUACCUUCAAGCUUGCCCGAACUAACAACCGUGGAGAUGGUCUGCUGACUGCCGUUCGAAGUGAUUGCUUUAGAGUUUUAAACUAUCGAGAGUUGCACUUUAAUGAUUUAGGAGACCGUGUUGCUCAGCUAUUACAUGUUCAGUUAACUGCUCCAUUCUCACAAAUCCAGAGAGGCAACCUUCAACAAGAAAUUCUUAUUGUGAACACUCACUUGUUAUUUCCUCAUGACUCCAGUCUUUGUAUUGUAAGAUUGGAUCAGGUUUACAAAAUUUUGCAAUUUGUGGAGGCUUAUCAAAACGAAAACAAGCUAAACCAUAUGCCCAUCAUACUUUGUGGUGACUGGAAUGGAAGCAAGCGUGGUCAUGUGUACAAGUUUCUUAGAUCACAGGGGUUUGAAUCAACAUAUGACACUGCUCAUCAAUAUACUGACAAUGAUGCCCACAAGUGGGUUAGCCACCGCAACCAUAGGGGAAACAUCUGUGGAGUCGACUUCAUUUGGCUUUGUAAUCCAAACAAGUCCCGUAAACCAUUAAAGACCAGUUGGUGUGAAGCUGUUUUUGGAAUAUUAAGGCACCAGCUUCGAAAAGCUUCGAUGGCUGAAAAUGAUGCAUUUGCCUUUUUGAAGGGCGACAACCAUGGUGAUUUUAUUACUUCCUCUGCUUUCUGUGAAGCACUCCAUCAGGUUAAUUUAAUUGGUCAUCCAUCUGGACUGGGUUUCCAGGAGACGAGGGAUCUCUGGAUCCAAGCAGACACAGAUGCAAAUGGUGUCCUUGAUUAUGAAGAAUUCAAGAAUAUGAUCUGGAGUUGUACAGGGUCAGACCAAAAGGAAAGCCUCACUGGGAGUAGAGAGGAGUCUGAGGAAGGCACCAAGGAAGCCCUUGGAUUCAAGGUUAAGAAUGCAGUUCUUUACCCAAGUGAGGCGGAGAGGGGAAUAUGGCCUGAAAGUUAUACACUUUCGGAUCAUGCUAGACUGACUGUUGUACUUUCACCAGAAAACAUGUGGUGUUGUUCUCAGUCAUAAAUCAUUCUCAAGAGACUUGUGGAUUGGUGGAACAGAAAGGGAUUUGUAAAUCUGUAGGAACCUUGUAUAGCCGACAGAGACCAAUCCCUUUCGGGCUCAUGAUUAAAGUGUUUCCAUGAAAAAAGAAGAAAAAAAGAGUCGGUAGAGAAUUUUCUUUCUGUACGAGUCUUCAUUCCAAUGUACUGUUUCUCGCUAGCCUUGGCCAGUUUUAUUUAGGCAAGGAGUAGAAACAACUGGAUUUUGAAGGACCCCUAUUAAAGCAUUUUUCUUCCUAAA